GCUGCGCUGCAUGUGAUGCACACCGGGUGCUCCUCCUAUCUGGUCUCUACAGCCCGAUACUUGAUCACAUGAUUAUCAAGUGCGUUCGACGUACCAUUUCUGCUAGUGCUGAGCCAUUUCUUCCGCUUGAAAUCCGAGGUCUGACUGAUGUUCGCGCUUUAACUAGGAGAAAUAGAUCCAUCGAUGAGCGCAAGGAACCACUACAUCGUAAGUUUUCAGAGAAAAUAGACUGGACCAACAUAUGGCCUGCUGCAUCUACUUUCCACUACUCGGUUAUCCCAUUUCCGAUUCGGCAAGGUUAUUGUAAGAAUCUACAGGAGAACCUCGGUAUUUCUCCUGGAAGUUAUGCAAACGCUGAGCUACUAAAGAUUCCAAACUUCCUACACUUAACCAAACAUCACAUACAAAAACAUUGUGCAGCGAUUAAAAAGUUCUGCACCAAAUGGCCAACGGGUUUAAAUUCCGAGGAAGCAGUUACUAAGCAUUACCCGCUGGAGGUGGUACAUCAAAAUUUCGUUUUCUCUGCACCCAGCAUACGCGAUCCGCGUGCCCGUUUGGUCAGUAUUCGGGUUGCGGUUUCUAGUCUCCGACUAAACGAUCACUCCAAACGCAAACUCAUUCGUCUUGCUAUGGGCCCAGGCCCUGGCAAGAAUUUCGCACAAUACGAUUGGUCCACGGAUAUUUUGCAAUUGAGCAGUUCAAGGUGCCCCACAUCGCGACAAAACACCGAUUAUCUCCGAUACGUUCUUACUGUGCUGACGUUGGAAUCCAAGAACGGCCCCUAG